AUGGCAGCUAAGCGCAGUCGCGGAGGUAGUGGUGUGUUUAUCGAAGCUGCCAAGCGACUCAUUUUUGGGGAUGGUAUUGUGAAUGAAAUGAGUGAAUCGAUCGCCUCUAUCCAGACUGUCUCGGGAACCGGGGCCAAUAGCCUCAUAGCCUUAUUCUUGGCCACGCACACCCGUUGCAGUAGUAUAUGGCUUCCGGAUCCGACUUGGGUCAAUCAUAAGGAUAUCUGGGAAGUGAAUGCGCCACGCAUCACGACGCGCUGCUAUCCCUACUACAACGACUCGAUCCGGGCUGUUGACUUUGGCCAAAUGUUGCACACUCUCGAGAAUGGUGCUCAACAAGGCGACGCAAUCCUUCUCCACGCCUGUGCGCAUAAUCCUACCGGUCAAGAUCCCACAGAAGAGCAAUGGGAUAGGAUUGCGCGCCUGUGUCAAGCGAAGAAGCUGUUUGUCAUUUUUGAUUCGGCCUAUCAGGGCUUCGCGUCAGGGGAUUUGGAUCGGGACGCUUGGGCAGUGAGACACUUCACAGCCUUUCUCGACCUCGAGAUGGCCGUAUGCCAAUCCUUCUCCAAGAAUCUUGGUCUUUAUGGGGAGCGCGUGGGUGCGCUUCACGUCGUCACGACUCGCUCCCCGCCCACCACUGCUAUUCACGUACAAAAUCGGCUUGUCGAUCUCCAUCGAGCCUCCGUAUCUAUGGCUCCUCUCUUCGGCUGCCGUGUGGCAAAUCAGAUCUUUCAAAAUCAAGAGCUUCAAGACAUGUGGCAGGCUGAUCUUAUGACUAUGAGUGGUCGAAUCAGCUCUAUGCGAAAUGCACUUUAUGCUGAGCUGCUAAGGCUACGUACCCCUGGUGACUGGGCACAUGUCAAGAAUCAAGUGGGCAUGUUCUCUUAUACGGGGUUGAGCAUGGAAGAGGUAAAGGUGUUGCGAACAAAAUAUCAUAUCUAUAUGCUUCCCUCGGGUCGGGCCUCAGUCUGCGGUCUUACAAAUGCAAAUGUCAAGUAUGUGGCUCAAUCUAUUCACAACGUGGUAAUGGGGAGCAAUGGCAAGAAGACAUCGGGCAACGGAGACGAUGGUUAG